CCGGUAAAUAUGUAUACAUGUGCGUAUAUUUUGAGGUUAGCUAUUCGAAGAUAAGAUGUAAUAAAUUUUACUAAUUAUUGUUCAAUUUAUACUAAGUAAUUGAAAAUACACGUUGCAUUUGUUUUAAAUUUAAAAAAAUGACAAGAUAUUUUAUUAAAUUUUCAUAUCUUGGUACACUAUACAGUGGAAUGCAAAAAAAUAUAGUUAAAAAUACAAAUAUUCAGAUAUAUGAUAUUGAUACCAUUCAAGGUGCUAUAGAAAGUGCUUUUUCAACAUUGAUUCCAAAAUGUGCAGUGUGGCCAAGAUUAACUUGUUGUAGUAGAACAGAUCAUGGUGUACAUGCGAUACAUAAUUUAGCUCACAUUGAUGUAAAAAAUAAAUAUAGUACUAUUUACAAUCCUGUCGAGGCACUUAGAUAUGUUAAUCGGUAUCUUAUUAACUGCAGUCACAAUAUAAGGGUAUUGGAAGCAAUUCCAGUAAAGAAUACAUUUCAUGUAAGAAAAUGUGCAAAUUCUAGAACUUAUCUUUAUAGAGUUCUGAGAGCUAAGAAUAAAAAUGAUCACAAAAUUCCUAUAAUAGAAAUGGAUCAUUGUCUGCAUCUUAAGUCAGAUACUUUUGAUCCUGAAAGAAUAAAACGUGCAAUACAACUUUUUAUGGGAACAAAAGAUUUCAGAACAUUUUCUGCAAAAACUAUAUCAAACAAACCAAUUAAGUAUGUAAGGAAUUUGUACAGUUUAACUUUUGAGAAAGGUUCUCCACUUAUGCCAUUUGAUCCUCUCUCUGAAAAUUUUGAAUUUUGGGAAUUUAAAUGUUCAGCAAAAUCUUUUCUAUAUAAGCAGGUUAGGCGAAUUGUAGGUACUUUAAUUGCUUUAGGUACAGGUCAAAUAACAGAAAAAGAUAUAGUUGUAAUGUUACAAGUUCCUGGCCAUCACAAUUUUCUACCUAUUUUACGGGCAGCCCCAUCAAAUGGUUUAUACCUUUUGGAUGUAGGAUAUAACCAAGAGUACUUAGAUGAACAUAUUAUAAAAUAUAAAAUAUCCGAUAAUGGAAUAGUCAUACCAUUAGAUGAAACCGAAGUAUAAUAUACAUCUAGGAAUGUAUACAAAUAUCACCAAAUAAUAUUUUUUAGUCAAUUCAAUUAUUUUUUUUUCUUUUUAAGUACUAGCAAAGUACAUUGACAAUGGACCUAAACAGUCUAAUAAGAAGUAAAAAAUUACAAUUAAAAAAAUGCAAGACUAUUGUAACCAACACACUUGGUCAAAAAUAUGUAGAGAUUGAUGGAAUAAACACAGAAUUAUCCUCUACUGCUA